AUGGAGUUUCUUAGCGGAGGAGAUCUAAGUGUCCUCAUGAGAGCCAACGCCCUAUUCACCAUUCCAGUCACCAGAUUUAUGGCAGCUGAGAUCAUCUGUGGGCUGCAGUUUCUCCACACCAGAGGCAUCAUACACAGGGACAUAAAACCAGCCAAUAUCUUAAUGAACAGCGCCGGUCACUUGAAGAUCGCCGAUUUUGGUCUUGCCGUGAUGAACAUCUUUGGGGAUAAGAAGAUCUCAGAAUAUGCCGGAACUCUUAGAUACAUGGCUCCUGAGAUUCUUCUACGGAAGCCCUACAACACGGCAGUGGACUGGUUCUCAGCUGGUGUGAUGAUAUAUGAGAUGGCUACUGGCAAAUAUCCAUUCAAUGCCGCUCUUAAACAAGUCACCAGAGAGUCGCCAGGUAGCGGUAGAUAA